AUGGUCAAGCUCGAAGUUGUUGAGGACGAGUCCUUUACGGAUAAGCCCAUGCCCUCCAAGAACGACGCUCUGCUCGUCUCCGAUGACGAGGACGACUACAGCGACACCGAAUCCGAGAUCUCCAAUGAUGAUGACAAUGACUACGAGGUUGAGGAGGAGACUCUCUACGAGCGUAUCUCUGCCCUGAAAGACAUGAUCCCUCCCUCCGCGCGCCGCACUGUCAACAACUCCGUCUCCACCCUCACAUCUUUCACCAAGGCCAGUCUGUCCUUCAGCGGCAAGGCCCUCUGGGUUAUUAGCACCAGUGCUUUCCUGAUCGGUGUUCCCUGGGCGCUUGCCUACGCCGAGGAGGAGCAGUAUAUCCAGAUGGAGCGGGAACAGGGCAUGAUCAAGGGUGCUAACGAGAUGCUUACACCCGGCGGCGAGCCCGAGAAGGAGGCUCAACCUACCCUGUAA